AUGUCUUCGUCAUCCAGCCCGACAAUCUACCAGGCGACGUGCUCUGCGCCGGUCAACAUUGCGGUGAUCAAGUACUGGGGGAAACGGGAUACGUCGCUCAUCCUGCCGACCAACGACAGCCUUUCCGUCACGCUGGACCAGGAUCACCUGCGCUCCGUCACGACGGCGCGCGCCGACGCCUCGUUCCCCGCCGGCAAGGACCGCCUGUGGCUCAACGGCGAGGAGGAGACGAUCCAGGAUGGCGGCCGACUGCGGAGGUGCUUUGACGAGAUGAAGAAGCUGAGGAAGGCCAAGGAGGACAAGGAUGCCAGCCUGCCCAAGCUCUCUGAGUGGUCGGUCCACGUCUGCUCCGAGAACAACUUCCCCACGGCCGCCGGUCUGGCGUCGUCGGCGUCGGGUUUCGCCGCACUGAUUGCCUCGCUUGCCGCGCUGUACGAGCUGCAGCCCGAGGUGUCGAGCUCGGAGCUGUCGCGCAUCGCCCGGCAGGGCAGCGGCUCGGCGUGCCGCUCCCUGUUUGGGGGCUACGUGGCGUGGCAGGGCGGCAGCGAGGCGUCGGGAUCCGACAGCCUCGCCGUCGAGGUGGCGCCGCAGUCGCACUGGCCCGACCUCCAGGCCCUCAUCUGCGUCGUGAGCGACGCCAAAAAGGGCACGCCCUCGACGGCGGGCAUGCAGCGCACCGUCGCCACCUCGCCGCUGCUCCAGCACCGCAUCCAGCACGUCGUGCCCGGCAGGAUGAAGGCCAUCUCGGACGCCAUCCGCCAGCGCGACUUUGACGCCUUUGCCGAAAUCACAAUGGCCGACAGCAACAACUUCCACGCCUGCUGCCUCGACACGGCGCCGCCCAUCUUCUACAUGAACGACGUCAGCCGCGCCAUUGUCCAGCUCGUCGAAGAGCUCAACCGCGCCAGCGAGGCCGAGGGCAAGGGCAAGAUGGCCGCCUACACCUACGACGCCGGCUCCAACGCCGUCCUCUACGCGCCCAAGGCCAACGUCGCCCAGAUCCUCGCCGUCGUCCGCCACUACUUCCCCAACGCCGACUUUGACGACACCUUCGACCUGCUCGGCAAGGGCGCCAACGCCUCGCACCGCGGCGCCCAGGAGGCCCUCGGGCUGCCGGCAUCGCUGCCCAGCGGCUUCAACGCCAACGUCAUCCCCGUCCAGGAGCCCGGUGCGGUCCGACGCCUCAUCCACACCCAGGUCGGCGACGGCCCGCGCGUCCUCGGGCGCGGGCUGGGCAAGGAGAGCCUGCUCAAGGAGGACGGAGAGCCGCUGCGCCUCCAGCGCGCCAAGCGCGCGUAG